GUUGGUCUUGACGUGUCGCCUUUCCCAGCUCCCCUCUCACUUCCUGCUUUCGAUCCAUGAUCUGUUUACAGGUUCGUUUACACUGGGAGAGGCGAUCUCAACCCCACAGGAUGGAGUAGGCUGUUGGAACAGUACAGGGGGAAAGAUCUUGUACAGGAGUUUGUUACCACUUGGUGUAAAUGUCAGUCAUCGUACAGUAAAGGCGGAUAUCUGUUAAUUAUUGACAAUGCAUCAGCAGGCGCAGCAUUUCUCCCCUACCAACGGAGAUUUUACCUUUGUCUCCUCCACUGACGCCGAAGAGCUCAGCGGUUCAAUUGAAUCUCCAGAUGUUAAAGUGAACAUGGGCGGUGACUCUAAGGAUGCCUCUGCAACUACAUUCCUGAGACAGAGAGGGUACGGCUGGCUGCUGGAAGUGGAGGAAGAUGACCCCGAGGACACCAAGCCUCUCCUGGAGGAACUUGACAUAGACCUGAAAGACAUUUACUACAAAAUCCGCUGUGUGCUGAUGCCAAUGCCAUCGCUGGGGUUCAACCGGCAAGUGGUGAGGGAUAACCCUGAUUUCUGGGGCCCCCUGGCUGUGGUUCUCUUCUUCUCAAUGAUCUCACUGUACGGACAGUUCAGGGUGGUGUCUUGGAUAAUAACUAUUUGGAUAUUUGGAUCCUUGACAAUUUUCCUGCUGGCUAGAGUUUUGGGUGGUGAAGUUUCUUAUGGCCAGGUUCUUGGAGUCAUUGGCUAUUCCUUGCUUCCACUAAUAGUAAUAGCUCCGUUGCUUUUGGUAAUUGGGGGAUUUGAAGUGGUAUCUACGCUGAUAAAGCUGUUCGGCGUGUUUUGGGCUGCGUACAGUGCUGCUUCCUUGCUAGUUGGGGACGAAUUCAAGACCAAGAAGCCACUUCUGAUAUACCCCAUUUUUCUCCUGUACAUCUACUUCCUGUCUCUAUACACUGGGGUUUGAAACAGGAAAGACUUGGUUUGAAACUGCGCAAUAAACUAGUCAAGUGGUAAACACAUCAGAAAUUUGCUUUACACCUGUGAGGAUGGCCUUGAAGAAGAAACAUAUUUGGUUGUCUUUCCUUUUGAUUAACAAAUCACGGUCAAUAUUGGAUCAUAAAGCAAAUGUGUACAGUGUAUUUAAUUCUUAAAUGUAGCCAUGAUCUUUGUACUAAAAUGAAAGUUCUAGGAUUUGUUUAAAACCUCUUUCAACUCUGAUGAACAAGUAUGUUUGAUACAGAAUUUAAGUGAUCUUUUCAAGGUGCCAGUUAUAAAAUCAUUGGUUAGAUGCAACCGAAACUUUGAAAGCAUCUGUACCCAUUAUGUUUAAUAGGUGAGUUUUUUUGAUAACCCUGGUUUAUGUUGGAAAUGCCAUCCAUAUGAUUGCUGGGAGGAAUAAUCCCUUUAUUAAAUGCCUGUGCCAAACAGCAAUGGCUUGGCCAAUGGCAAAAGAUUUGCAGUCCAAAUUCUGUGAUGUUGUUUUUAUUUUGAGUGUUAAUGGCAUUCCUUUUUUCAUGUAUCUUAUUACUGCAUUUAAUUUUUUAAUUUAUAAAUAUUGGCCCAGCUAGUUAACGGGGUUUAGAUGAGUUUAUGUAAAGAGAAGGAUUCAUUAUUUUAAAUUGGGUGCCUUUAUAUAGAUGUUAUAUGGCUGUUAUAUUAAAAAUAUUUUAUAGAUGUACAUUUGUAAAAACAAAAAAGGAAAGAGGUUUUUUUUUAAAUGCACAAACUGACAUGCUCCUUUGUUUUCCAGUACUGCAAAUAUAGCUAUUGUAUGAUGUAAUUCAGAUGCAUAAAAUCAAUCAAAUAGGGGCUAAA